UGUUUGCUGUAUCAGUCUACCAUGUUUUCUGCACGGCUUUCGGAAUAGACUUAUGAUCUUCUUAUCUUCCUUUCGGUUACUCUUCGGUGGAUGUGGGGCGUGGGUGUCAGGCUGAGUGGGCUCAGGUCAUCGUAUAACAUCACGACUUCACCUGCGAUUUGAACUACGCUUCCAUCGGUGCCGGUGACUUCGAGCGCGCUCUGUGUUCCUAUGCAUGGUGAAGGCUUCCGCCCAUUCCCCUCCGUCGCCUUCGGUCUAUGGGGUCUUCCCGGCGCCUCUUCGUGUAUUUGCAUGACUGAAUGGACACCGGCAAUUCAGCCUCGGACUUCGUCGAGCGCUUCUUUUGACGCUAUGCACUGCUACCUCCACGUCGAUUCAAUCUCGGUUGACUGUGAGUGCAGGCCUUGGCUUUAGUGGUCCACUUCGAAGAGGUCGCCGAUACGAGAAUCCCUAUCACAGGACGCUGUCCAUGUGCGCAAUGUGCGUUCUUCAAUCGCGCU